UGUAGUACGGUGUUUUUUAAUCCACGACUUAUGUGGCAUGAUACGUACAGUGAAUCAAAAUAUGUCGUGGAGGAAGCUAUUCGCCGUCUGCCGCCGCAAGAAUACGAUGCUAGGGCAUUCAGACUUAUGCGCGCGAUGCAGCUGGCUUUGAAGCAUGAAUAUUUGCCUAAGGAUCAGUGGACUAAAUACGAAGAGUCUGAGCUUCGCCAGAAGACAACUGGAGACUGA